AUGGAUAGCAAUAAAUCACUCACAUAUUUAAACAGUAUACAAAAACGACAUGAUACUGUUCAUGUGAUAUGGCUUGAUGAAAUAUUUACUAAUGCCGAUGAAUGUAUCGCUCAUAUUUCAUCAUUAAAUGAAAUAGCUAAAGUAUUUCUAAUACUAUCAAAAUAUUAUGCACAAACUAUUAUAUCAUUCGUUUGCCAACUAUCACAAGUUACAUUCAUCUAUGUAAUGUGUGUCAGUGCACUUGAACGUGGUGGUUUAUCAACAUUUUUAUCAGAUGAUAAAAUUGGUAGGAUAUUUCACGAUGAAAACCGUUUAUUUCUCAAAUUAACCCAUGAUGUAGUUCGAAAAAUUGAUGAUUUUGACAAAAAUUAUGAUUCAACAAAAGCUAUUUGGUGGUAUACAAGAGGCAGUUUUCUUUAUCGUGAAUUGAAUAAAGCAUUAAGGACAGAAAAAAUUGAACAAUUAUUUAUGUUUCGUUAUUUCAUUUCUGAUUUACACACUCAAUUAGUUCAAUUACAUUCGGAUUAUGUUGCUCUACUACAAGAGUACGAACUUGAUGUUAUAAUGGCAUAUCGUGUCCAAACAAUUACGUCUGAUGAAUUUCAAAAAUUAGAACAAAAUAUCGGCCGAUUUAUAUCAAUGAAUACAUUUAUAUCCACAACAACUGAUCGAGAUGUUGCCAUUAUUUGUGCUGGUGACGGUUCACAAUGUUGA